AUGGCAGAUACCUUUAUUGAUGACACGCCUCGACACUCGCAAAGCUUUCGAGCUACCGCACCGGCGGCAAAGGCGUCUGUUCAUGAUAAGACCAACCCGGCUGUUCUGCCGCAAACCUCGUUUCCUAGCCAGUCCAGUCACGAUUUCCUUUGCGAUGACACCGAUAAGCUCUUGCGAUUAUCCUAUUUCCUCGCAUCCUCGUACCACGUACCGGUAGAUAUGCUCAGGAGCGGGGCUGCGCCUCGCUGUCGGUGGAGCAAGGAAGGCAAUGUUGCCUGCCGCCAAAGCAGCGUUGACCCACACCUGGUGUCCUUCAUCAACGACCAAACGAGACUCGAAGAUGCCAUCGAUAAGCUUACCGAAAAACGUUACAUUGAGUACACAACGACCGAUGGGCUCAAGAUGUACAAAUUACUCCCGAAUGGCAGUAGUAAAGCUCUGGACGGACUUGACCAAGAGUCGGCUUCAUAUUGGAAGCGGCAAGCGUUGCUGGUUUCAUACCACGCGAUACCCUGGAAGUACCUCGAGCCUAGCACACCAAUUUCCGUGAUGGCAACUCCACAUCUUCAACACGUUCUCGGAAACGACGAAUCCUUGCAUUGCUUCGACCUAUCCGCUGAGAUCAGAGAAGAUCUGAUCCUUACUCUUGUGGAAGCUGUACGCCUGCCCAAGAUACCGUGGAAGGUCUUUGCAGUCGAGAAGGCCGUGGAUUUGUGUCGCGAUGGCCAGAGUGCUUAUGCCAUAGCUCGUGUGAAUGAGGUCACUAGUCUCGUUGGCAGGUUGGCGAAGAAAACGAUUUUGCCGCCCAACGUAGCUCCACGCCCCACAGAUCCAUGCGACCUCCGAGUUAACGCAGCAGCUGGCCUGGUAGCUGUUCAGAAGUGCUUGGAUGAAAUGCAGAGAGAGAAACUACGAGACGCUGAAGAAACGCUCACUCGGUGGGAGCCUCAGGCUACGCAGCCCAUGACGCAGGUCGUAUUGUUCCGGAAGUCCUCACUCCUUGGUCAAAUUGAGCGUCAAAAAGGCGACUUCAAAGUCGCCGAGCGAUCACUGAGAUCAGCUUUCAAGACUGCGGAUGAAGCAUCCACAGGAAAGAUACUUCACUUCGACGAGGAUCGACCCGCCCUAGCUUGUUCACUUAGUGAUGCGCGUCGUGAGCAGCUAUCUGAGGACGCAGAGACGCAUGUUCGACAACUACUUGAAGGUCUUGAGGGAACAACAGUCACAGCUCGAUCGCGGGCACAAUUACAGGCAUCUCUAGCUGAAUGCCUUUACGCCAAAGGCCACGAAAAAAUGGGAAGGCAAGACACCUUGAACGAGGCAUCGUCCGUCCUCCAUCAGGCAGACAAGUUGUGUCGGAGCCUUCUCAAUCUAGAUCCUGGGGAUAUCUUGCGAUUCGACCAGCUAAGGUCACGGUUGACACAAGCCAAAAUAUUCUUCAUCAAAGGCGACUACGUGGAGGCGGAAAGUGGUUUCAAGGAAGCGCUAAACCUUAUUACUAGGUUCGGUAUGACGAAUGGGUAUGUCACGAUGGUCAUCGUAGGGUCCAUGGCGGUCACAUUGAAACGAUCACUGGACGCAAGCUCCCUUGACCCCCUGUCGCGUUCAAAGCGCGAAGAGCUCCUUCAGCAAUCCGAGCAGCAGUGGAGCAUGAUGAAAGGCUUAGUGCGUCCGGGUGGCACGAGAUUCUGGAUGCCUGGUUUGCAGAAGUGGGAAGAGUGGUUAUGUUCAACGGAAGUCUUACGAGGCCGUCUUUAA